AAGUCUUGCACAAUCUCACGAGAUAAUUUGAGAUUUACCGAUUAUUGUUUACAUUGAACAAAUAUGAGAACCGAACCUAAUCGAUUGUGACUUCGCGGAUCUGAGUGGAGUAAGGAUUAUUUUAAUCUACAUCUUCCGAUCUUUCCCAAAGGUCAUGUUGAGGCGAAACGGAUUAUAAAGAGUUGAUUUCUCAUUCCAGGACUCGAUCCCGGUUCGGUCCUGACCCGGAUCAGCGAAGACAAACAAGAGAAACCAAAUAUUUCAGAACAACAUCAAGAUUUAUUAAUUUCGAAGUAAAUUGAAUCAUUUUGGAGGGGAACUCGUUUGCUGUGAAUUUCCUGUGUGGUGCCACAUGCCUUAAAUUUGGUAGAAAAUAGAUCUAGUAUAACGCCAGCGGAGAAAGGCGGGUUCGGGAGAUCAAGUCCCAUAUCAAGGUCUCUGAGGUCUCGCGGUCCUCGGCCCACAGUAGGACGCGGAGCUGGCGUGCCCUAACGACACAGCAGGCACCGAGCGCAGGCGAGGGUCGGGGAUUCGGCUGAGGCCUAGCGCCGAGAUGGUGGGCUGAGACGUGAAGGGCGAGACGGGAGACCACAGGAGGAGAACAGUUCAGGAAAAGAGAUCAAAUAAAACCGAAAGAGGGAGAAACGACAUCGAUAUCACAGCCAUGAUGGAGGAAUUGCACAGCUUGGAUCCUCGCAGGCAGGAGCUGCUGGAGGCCCGUUUCACUGGAGUCGGAGUUUCCAAGGGUUCUGGAAACAACGAGUCGUCUAACCAGAGCCUGUGCAGCGUGGGCUCCCUCAGUGACAAAGAGCUGGAGACCCCGGAGAAGAAAUCUAAUGACCAGAGAACACGUAAAAGGAAAGGAGACACUUUUGACAGCCAAGGCAAAGGAGGAGGAAGAGGGCACAAAAUUAGUGAUUAUUUUGAGUUUGCAGGGGGUAGUGUUACCGGAACUAGUCCAGCGCGUGGCAUUCCUCCAGUGGUGCGUUCCUCUCCUCAGCACUCUCUCUCCAACCCUCCUGCUGCCGUGCAGCAAGGAAGCCCCUCCUCUAUCAACUCCGCAAACACAGACCACUCCCACUCCUCCUGUUCCCACAAGCCAGUCUCGACACACGCUCAGCAUCGAGCCACACAGUCCGAGUUGACGAUUGAGAAGUUAGCAGCGCUGGAGAGCAGCAAGAGUUCAGAUCUGGAGAAGAAAGAGGGUCGAAUUGAUGAUCUGCUCAGGGUGAACUGUGACCUGCGCAGACAGAUUGAUGAGCAGCAGAAGAUGCUGGAACGAUGUAAAGAACGUCUCAACAAAUGUGUGACCAUGAGCAAGAAACUGCUAAUUGAGAAGUCCAAGCAGGAGAAAAUUGCGUGCAGGGAAAAAAGCAUGCAGGACCGGCUGCGCCUGGGCCAUUUCACCACUGUACGACACGGAGCGUCAUUUACCGAGCAGUGGACAGAUGGUUAUGCCUUUCAGAACCUAGUCAAACAACAGGAGAGAGUGAACGGUCAGAGAGAGGACAUCGAGAGGCAGAGGAAACUGCUGAUGAAGAAGAAACCGCCCAAUGCCAGUCAGACUCCUCCCCCCAACAUAGAACCCAACAAACGCAAGAGCAAGAGCAAUGGCGCAGAGAAUGAAAUGUUAUCAUUAGCAGAAUACCAUGAACAAGAAGAAAUCUUCAAACUGAGACUUGGCCACCUUAAGAAGGAGGAGGCAGAGAUUCAGGUGGAGCUGGAACGAUUGGAACGUGUGCGUAAUCUUCACAUCCGAGAGCUCAAGAGAAUUCACAACGAAGAUAAUUCCCAGUUCAAAGAUCAUCCCACGUUAAAUGACCGUUACUUGCUCUUGCAUCUGCUGGGUAGAGGAGGCUUCAGUGAGGUAUACAAGGCCUUUGAUUUAACUGAGCAGAGGUACGUUGCUGUGAAAAUUCACCAGCUCAAUAAGAACUGGAGAGAUGAGAAGAAAGAGAACUAUCACAAGCACGCAUGCCGAGAAUAUAGGAUCCAUAAGGAGCUGGACCAUCCCAGAAUAGUCAAACUCUAUGACUACUUCUCCCUGGAUACUGACUCAUUCUGCACUGUUCUGGAGUACUGUGAGGGGAACGAUCUGGAUUUCUACCUAAAGCAACACAAGCUGAUGUCUGAGAAAGAGGCCCGAUCCAUCAUCAUGCAGGUUGUCAACGCCCUCAAGUACCUAAAUGAGAUCCGCCCACCAAUCAUACAUUAUGACCUCAAACCAGGUAACAUCCUGCUGGUAAAUGGCACAGCAUGCGGAGAGAUAAAAAUCACAGACUUCGGCCUGUCCAAGAUCAUGGACGACGACAACUAUGGGGUUGACGGCAUGGAGCUGACAUCACAGGGGGCAGGGACAUACUGGUAUCUUCCCCCAGAAUGCUUUGUGGUUGGAAAAGAGCCACCCAAGAUCUCCAACAAAGUGGACGUUUGGUCUGUUGGAGUCAUCUUCUACCAGUGCCUCUAUGGAAAGAAGCCGUUUGGUCAUAAUCAGUCCCAGCAGGACAUCCUCCAGGAGAACACCAUUCUCAAAGCCACAGAGGUGCAGUUUCCUCCCAAACCAGGAGUAUCGCCUGAGGCUAAGGCCUUCAUUCGCAGAUGUCUGGUGUACCGCAAGGAGGACCGUAUCGAUGUUCACCAGCUGGCCAGUGAUCCUUACCUCCUCCCUCAUAUACGCAAGUCAGUGGCCGCCACCGGUAACAACAGUAUGGCCAUCGCCUCCACCUCCAGCUCUUCCAACAGCAGCGCCUCAAAUUGAGAACCCCACCCAUCCUCGCUUGUUUUGAUAGGCACAGGGGGGGUGGGGCCAUUGCAUUUGCUCCACACCUCUCUGCAGUGCACUGGAAGGGGAGUCCAACCCCUACCUGCCAAGCGAGGGAGCAGGAGGAAUGGGACAGAGAGGGAUGGAGAAAAGAUGCAUCCCCCUCCACCCUUCUUCCUCUCCCAGGUGUCUUGAGGCUUGUUUUAUUUUAUUUUUGUAAUGGGUGGGUAGUGAAACGCCCCCCUAGACUGAGUCAGAGAAAGCGGAAUUCAAGAUAAGGGUGUAUUACUACCUGUGCGAGUAAUGCCAGAACUGCAAUUGCUCAGAAAGUGGGAAGAGACUAGUAUAUGCCCUGCACCCCACAACAUCAAUACAUGCAUACACACAUAUAGACAUAUUUAUAACGAGGUCAGCUUGAUUUUUCUUUAAAGGCAACCCUUAGAUGUUUUUAUUUGCUGGGACAAGCCCGCUCAUUGUAAGAUGCAUUCAAGUGUAAGAUAUUUUUAAAGAAUCUACAGACGCCCUGCUGACAACCAAUUCCAUCCCUGCUUCUUUCUUCCUUUUUCUUCUGCCUCCGGAACGGAUCCGUGAACUUGUGGAAGCAGUACUGUCAGUUGGUGCAUCAAUAGUUAACACCAGUUUCAUUAUCAAAUCAAAAGGUCUUUCUGAAAUGUUUUCAGAUGAAAUUAUAAAUGCUGAGGCCAACUCAGCAUCGCUGGACCUCUAGGUUAGCUAACCUUAUGUGCUGGGAAUCAGAUAUUUGUACUGUAUGAGAAAUGUAAAGGACAGGUCUAGGUCAGUUGUCUGUUUCUGGAGACAUUUGUCUUUGUCCUGUUUGUUUUUACCCCUCGUAUUCCUAUGACCAAAGCUGAGCUCCGACCAGAAGGUGGUGCUGUUUAACUUCUUUUUUUUGCUUUUUUUUUUUUUUUGCUUUUUUUUUUUUUUUUGCUUUUUUUUUUUUGCUUUAUGCUGUUAUGAAAGUGCAUUUUAGGGAGAAUAUCCAUUUAGAUUGUUUUAGCGACACUAACCAAUGGCCCCAAGUGUUCUGUUUCUCAUUGUGUAAUUGAAGAGAAUCUAAUGUUCAAAAUUGAUGUUAAGUUAGAUUUGAUUUUCCUUUAAUUAAUUGAAAGUGUUUUACCUUGCACAGAAAGAGACACAAAUGUGUUCAAAAAUACACACUCAUAUAUUUAGGUCUGGUGAAAUGGCUAAUUGCCAGAUCCCGUUUAACAGUGGGAAAGAACUCACUAGAGGGGGCGAAGCUAGAUCAGGGGUACAGGGCAGAACUGGGAGUGAGAAUUAAAUACUAUUGGUUAUAAA